CUCUCGCGACCACCAUUGGCUCGUAGCCAAGGCUUCAAGGGAAGAACAACUGGCUUCUGCCUAAUGCGAGCCGAAGAUAAAGCACAAUGUUCUCCCACUACUUGGUCAGGACAUCUCAAAACGACCUCCAUAUCCAUUCAGCACAGCCAGAAGUAAAUUGCAAUCCUAUCAAGCUCCGUUCGAAACUACAUCGAUCUACCUUCGUUCACACUACAAUGCAUAACACAACCUCAACCCAAACCUUCGUCAAUAUGGCUGCGGGCCUGGCGCCUGAGCUGGUCGAUUCCGUUGAAAGUGCUUACACGACCUGCGCCAAGCUAGGCUGUGGCAAAGAAGUCAAGCGUGGAACGGUGUGUGAAUGCGGGUGGCAGAAUUAGCUCUGCGUAACAGCAGGAGAGAUUGAAGGCCGGAAAAGAAACUCGCUACGAAGCGGCAUAGAGUCUGUCAUUACUACGUGUAUUUCGUAAUCCUAUCUGCGAGGCGGUCUGAGAGAUUAUCGAGGAAUAUCUUUAAAUCCACUAGCAUUCCUGAGCUGGCUU